AUGUCUCAGUCUCAAGAUCCACAGAUCCUCGCGCUCCCACCACCAUCACCAAAUCAAACCUACGUUACCAUCUCCGCCCUAGAUGCUGGCCACUUGACUCUCCCCGAAUACCUCUUCAUAACCGAUACCUCUCCUACAAUCCGCACAACCGUCCCGUCCCUCUCAUUCUUAAUUCAACAUCCUUCUCCUUCUCCAUCAACAUCGUCAUCUCGCUCCAGCAAAACGACAAACCUCGUCUUCGACCUCGGCCUAAAACGCGACUUCUCCGGCUACCGCACAGCGCAACAACACCACGCCGCCCAACGCCAACCCACAAUCACAAGCCCAGACGCUGCUGACUCCCUGCGUAAAGGCGGUUUAGAUCCCGCGACGGACAUUGACAUCGUGCUGCUCAGCCACGUCCAUUGGGAUCACGUUGGCACGCCAUCUGAUUUCCCAAACUCGAAAUUCCUCGUUGGCAGCGGGACGUUGCAUCUUCUUGCGCACGGAGGAGGACCACUAUAUCCUGCUGACUUGUUCAAUGAGGAUGAGUUGCCUAAGGAUAGAACAUGGGAAUUUCCUCCUGUAGAUGAAGCAGAUUCAAUAACUGCCGUGAGUAAGGAAAGGCAAACAGACCACGAAUGGAAACCCCUGGCACAGUUCCCCGCAACGCUGGACCUCUUCGGUGAUGGCAGCGUCUACGUAGUCGAUAGUCCCGGCCAUCUCUACGGCCACGUCAACCUCCUCGCUCGUAUCUCGCCCACAAAAUGGGUGUAUCUUGGUGGGGACUGCUGUCAUGACGUGAGGAUUCUGACGGGUGAGCAGGGCGUUGCGAUGUAUGAUGAUGGGUGUGGGGGGUUGAGGAGUGUGCAUGUUGAUACGGAGGUUGCGAGGGGGACGAUUGCGAGGAUUGGGAAGUUGCUGGGACGGGGAGAGGUGAGGUUGCCGGAGGGGGUGGAGGUUGAGGUUGUGGUUGCGCAUGAUAGGGGUUGGAGGGAGAGGAAUGGGGAGAGGUUUUUUCCCGGGAGGCUUUGA